AGGGGAGCCAGCACCUCGCCCCACUCCCUCCUCACCUCCCGCCCACCAUGCCAGCCCCCGGGAUGGGUGCCCCCAGAGGGUGCCGGGCGCUGGCGUGGGCCCUGGCGGCCCUGCUCUUGGUGCAGAAGGCAGAGACCCAGGGCGGCGAGGAACUGAGCUGGGCAGGUGCAGAGGCUGCCAUGGAUGGUCAGAGGGAGGCCUUUGCCCAGCAGAUGAUCUUCAUCCCACCCGUCACUGUCUUUCCCACCAUGAGCCCUGUGAACCCAGCGCACAAUGGGCGGGUGUGCAGCACCUGGGGCGACUUCCACUACAAGACCUUCGACGGCUAUGUCUUCCGCUUCCCCGGCCUCUGCAACUACGUCUUCUCCGCACACUGCGGGGCGGCCUACGAGGACUUCAACAUCCAGCUGCGCCGUGGCCUGGCCGGCUCCAAGCCCACCAUCACCCAUGUUGUCCUCAAGACCCAGGGGCUGGUCCUGGAGAUCUCCAACGGCUCCAUCCUCAUCAAUGGGCAACAGGAGGAGCUGCCCUACAGCCGUGCUGGCCUCCUGGUGGAGCAGAGCAGCGUCUACGUCAAAGUCAACGUCCGGCUGGUGCUGACCUUCAUGUGGAAUGGGGAGGACAGUGCCCUGCUGGAGCUGGACCCCAAGUAUGCCAACCAGACGUGCGGCCUAUGUGGGGACUUCAACGGGCUGCCGGCCAUCAAUGAGUUCUACGCCCACAACACCAGGCUGACCCCUCUACAGUUCGGGAACCUGCAGAAGCUGGACGGGCCCACGGAGCAGUGCCAGGACCCCCUGCCCUCCCCAGCCGACAACUGCACAGACGAGGAGGGCAUCUGCCGCCGCACCCUGCUGGGCCUGGCCUUUGCCCAGUGCCAUGGGCUGGUGGACGCCGACGUGUAUGUGGCUGCGUGCACCCAGGACCUGUGCCGCUGCCCUACCUGCCCAUGUGCCACCUUCGCUGAGUACUCCCGCCAGUGUACCCAUGCAGGGGGCCAGCCACAGAACUGGAGGGGCCCUGACCUCUGCCCCCGGACGUGCCCUCUCAACCUGCAGCACCAGGAGUGCGGCUCACCCUGCACGGACACCUGCUCCAACCCUGACCACUCCCAGCUCUGUGAGGACCACUGCGUCGACGGCUGCUUCUGCCCCCCAGGCACGGUGCUGGACGACGUCAGCCACGCGGGCUGCCUGCCCCUGGAGCAGUGCUCCUGCACCCACAGUGGCCGCACCUACGCCCCGGGGGCCUCCUUCACCACAAGCUGCAGCUCCUGCACCUGCUCCAGUGGGAUGUGGCAGUGCCAGGACCUCCCGUGCCCAGGCACCUGCUCCGUCCAGGGCGGCUCUCACAUUUCCACCUACGAUGAGAAACUCUACAACGUGCACGGAGACUGCAGCUACAUCCUGUCCAAGACAUGUGCAGACAGCGGCUUCACCGUGCUGGCCGAGCUGCGGCAAUGCGGCCUGACAGACAACGAGAACUGCCUCAAGACGGUGACGCUCAAGAUGACCAGUGGUGGGGACACGGUCAUCCAGAUCCAGGCCAAUGGCGGGGUGUUCAUGAACUCCAUCUACACCCAGCUGCCCGUGUCAGCAGCCAACAUCACCAUCUUCAGGCCCUCAUCCUUCUUCAUCCUGGUGCAGACGGGCCUCGGGCUGCAGCUGCAGGUGCAGCUGGUGCCCCUCAUGCAGGUGUACCUCAGGCUGGACCCCUCCUACCGAGGCCAGAUGUGCGGCCUGUGUGGGAACUUCAACCAGAACCAGGCCGACGAUUUCCGGAUCCUUGGAGGCGUGGUGGAGGGCACGGCCGCCGCCUUCGCCAACACCUGGAAGACCCAGGCCGCCUGCCCCAACGUCAAGAACAGCUUCGAGGACCCCUGCUCCCUCAGCGUGGAGAAUGAGAACUUUGCCCAGCACUGGUGCUCGCUGCUGACUGACCCUACUGGUGCCUUCUCGCCUUGCCACUCCAUCGUCAACCCUGCUCCCUUCCACUCAAACUGCCUGUUCGACACGUGCAACUGUGAGAAGAGCGAGGCCUGCAUGUGUGCAGCUCUGUCCUCCUAUGUGUGGGCCUGUGCCGCCAAGGGCGUGCUGCUCCACGGCUGGAGGGACGGCGUCUGCACCAAGUAUAUGAGCAGCUGCCCAAAGUCCCAGAACUACACCUAUGUGGUAGACAGCUGCCAGCCCACCUGCCGCAGCCUGAGCCAGGCUGACGUCACUUGCGGCAUCGCUUUCGUGCCCGUGGAUGGCUGCACCUGCCCCUCAGGCACCUUCCUGGAUGACACCAGCACCUGUGUGCCCGCUGAGGCCUGUCCCUGCUACUUCCGUGGCUCCGUGGUGGCUCCAGGAGAGGUCGUGCAUGACGACGGUGUGGUGUGCUCGUGUGUGAGUGGGAAGCUGAGCUGCCUGGGAGCAGAGGAGCAGAGGAGCACAGGGUGCGUGGCCCCCAUGCUGUACCUGGACUGCACAAAUGCCUCGGCGGGCACGCCGGGGGCCGAGUGCCUCAGGAGCUGCCAUGUGCUCGACGUGGACUGCUUCAGCACCCACUGCGUGUCCGGCUGCGUCUGCCCCCCGGGACUGGUGUCGGACGGGAGCGGGGGAUGCGUGGCCGAGGAGGACUGCCCCUGUCUGCACAACGAGGCCACCUACAAGCCCGGGGAGACCAUCAGGGUGGACUGUAACACCUGCACGUGCCGGAACCGCAGGUGGGAGUGCAGCCACCAGCCCUGCCUGGGCACCUGCGUGGCCUAUGGGGACGGCCACUUCAUCACCUUCGACGGCGAGCGCUACAGCUUUGAAGGGAGCUGCGAGUACACCCUGGUCCAGGACCACUGUGGGGGCAAUGGCACAGCCAACGGGACUUUCCGCAUCGUCACCGAGAACGUCCCCUGUGGGACCACAGGCGUCACCUGCUCCAAGACCAUCAAGCUCUUCCUGGAGAACUAUGAGCUGAUCCUCCACGAGGGCACCUACAAGGUGGUGCAAAGGGGGCCAGGCAGAGACCUGCCCUACAGGAUCCGGUACAUGGGCAUCUACCUAACCAUCGAGACCCGCAGUGGCAUGGUCGUGUCCUGGGACAGGAAGACCAGCGUGUUCAUCCGGCUGCGCCAGGAUUACAAGGGGAGGGUCUGCGGGCUGUGUGGGAACUUCGACGACAACGCCAUCAAUGACUUCACCACGCGGAGCCAGUCCGUGGUGGGCAACGCGCUGGAGUUCGGCAAUAGCUGGAAGUUCUCCCCGUCCUGCCCGGAUGCCCCAGCCCCCAAGGACCCCUGCACCGCCAACCCGUACCGAAAGUCCUGGGCCCAGAAGCAGUGCAGCAUCAUCAACAGCGCCACCUUCGCCACCUGCCGUUCUCAGGUCGACUCCACCAAGUACUACGAGGCCUGCGUGAGCGACGCGUGCGCCUGCAACUCGGGGGGCGACUGCGAGUGCUUCUGCACGGCCGUGGCCGCCUACGCCCAGGCCUGUCGCGACGUGGGCGUGUGCGUGUCCUGGCGGUCCCCGGACGUCUGCCCCCUCUUCUGCGACUACUACAACCCACACGGGGAGUGCGAGUGGCACUACGAGCCAUGCGGGGCGCCCUGCCUGAGGACCUGCAGGAACCCCAGCGGGCACUGCCUGGUGGACCUGCCCGGCCUGGAAGGCUGCUACCCGCGGUGCCCGCCCGGCAGACCCUUCUUCAGUGAGGACGAAAUGGAGUGCGUGGCCCAGUGCGGCUGCUAUGACGAGGACGGCAACUACCACGAGGUCGGCGCCAGGGUCCCCGCGGCUGAGAACUGCCAGAGCUGUGAAUGCACCCCUAAUGGCAUCCAGUGCAUACAUAGCCUCGAGGCCUGCAGGUGCAUCUAUGAGGGCAAGACCUAUGGCUAUGAGGAGGUCAUCUACAACACGACCGAUGGGCUGGGUGCCUGCCUGCUCGCCAUCUGUGGAAACAAUGGAACCAUCAUCCGGAGCGUCGUGGAAUGUCCCGGAACUCUGUCCACGACACCCUUCACCUUCACCACCACCGCGGCCCCUCCCUCCACGACAGGCUCAGCCCCCACUCUCUCCACUGUGUGUGUGCAAAAGCAGUGCCGCUGGUCCGACUGGUAUGACAGCGGCCGUCCAGAGCCGGACAUGGGAGGGGGAGACUUCGAGACGUUUGCAAACCUGAAGCAGAGGGGCCACCAGGUCUGCCCGGCCCCCGUGGAGAUUGAGUGCCGGGCGCAGCGGCUCCCCAACACGCCCCUGCAGGAGCUGGGCCAGAAGGUGGAGUGUGACCUGGCUCGGGGGCUCACGUGCCUCAACAGCGAGCAGAGUCCCCCGCUCUGCCACAACUACGAGUUGCGGGUCCUCUGCUGUGACUAUGUGCCUUGUGGUACCUCCCCGGCCCCGGGCACCAGCUCUGGGCCCUCCCCCAGCGUCACUGCCCAGGUGUCAACCCUCAAGUCCCUGCCCACCUCCACCUGGACCACGCCAACGAGAGAAACCCCCCUCCAGUCGACAGUGGCCUCCACCUCGCAGACCCGCCCUACCGUGCCUGCCACCACUGCCCAGACAGGCAGCAGCUCCUCGACCCUGGCUGCCACCACCUGUCAGCCCAAAUGUCAGUGGACAGAGUGGUUCGAUGAGGAUUACCCCACAUCUGAGAAGGCUGGGGGGGACAUCGAGUCGUACGACAAGAUCAGGAGUGCGGGAGGGGCCGUGUGUGAGCAGCCGCAGGACAUAGAGUGUGAGGCCGAGAACUUCCCCACAGUGAGACCAGAGGAGCUGGGCCAGCGAGUGCACUGCCACCCCAGCUUCGGCCUGGUCUGCAGGAACCAAGAGCAGCCGGGCCUGUUCAAGAUGUGCUACAACUACAGGAUCCGAGUGCUGUGCUGCAGCAACAGCCACUGCAGGGGACCUGCCUCUGCCACCACCACCGCCACCACUGCCGCCACUGCCACCACCACCACUGCCACCAUUGCCACCAGCACCACCACUGCCACCAACACCAGCACCAAGGCCACUACUGCCACCACUGCCAUCACCACCACGGCCACGGCCACCACUGCCACUGCCACCUCCAUUGCCACCAGUGCCACUGCCUCCACCACCAGGAUUGCCACCACCGCCUCUACUACCACCAUCACUCCUGCCAGCACAAGCACCACUGCCAUGGCCUCCACUGGCACUGCCACCACUGUGCCACCAGCCACAGAGCCAGGGACAUGGCUAGGGAGUAGCCCAGAGGUGACUACAGCAGUGCCUUUCCUCUCGACAGGAUCAACAUCCCGAGCAACAUCCUCCAACCCCAGCCACACAGACACACUCUUGACGUCUGCCACCAGCAGCCCCAGGUCUCCUCCAGGCUCCACAAAGCCCACCACCCCAGGGGGAGCCACGUCAGUCCUUCCAACUCGCACAACCCUGCAGGGGACCACAGAGGGCACCUCACAGGGAUCUACCUCCAGGCCUCGCCUGCCUACAGAAGCACCAACCAGCACAACCCGCACCGUUUCAACCAGCCCGCCAUCCACCUCACACACCAGGACAAGCACAUUGAGAACAGAGACGCCGAAAGUAACCCUGGUGCCAACAGCCGUGACUGAGACCACCACCAGCCAGGGCACAACCAGCUGUCAGCCCAAGUGCGAGUGGACAGAGUGGUUUGACGUGGACUUCCCCACCUCGGGGGUCACGGGCGGAGACAUGGAGACCUAUGAAAACAUCAGGGCUGCAGGGGGUAGGAUGUGUGCGGAGCCGCAGAAGAUAGAGUGCCGGGCCGAGAACUACCCCGAGGUGAGCCUGGACCAGAUCGGGCAGGUGCUCAGCUGCAGCCUGGAGGCCGGGCUGGUGUGCAGGAACGAGGACCAGCAGGGACGCUUCAACAUGUGCUUCAACUACAACAUCCGCGUGCUCUGCUGUGACGACCGCAGCCACUGCCCCAGCACCGCCGCCCCCAGCCCCAGCAGCACCGCUACGGGGUUCCCGACAUCUGAGGGGCCAGGACGCUCAACGUCGGCCACCACCCAGACGCGACUGCCCUCUCCAACGACCCAGCGCACAACCGCCAGGCAGGCUUCCUCCACAGCCCACCUGCAGACCUCCCACAUAGGGACCACCACCGGGUCCCCUCCCAUCAGGCCCACUUCUGCGACCACGCUCCUCUCCAGCCCCUCACAGCCCGGCUCCGUGACGUCCACCCCGACUGUGUCCUCCACCGAGGCCUGCAAGUGCGCAUGGACACGCUGGUUUGACGAGGACUACCCCACACCCGGCCAUGCAGGGGGGGACUUUGAGACCUACGCCAACAUCCGGGCGGCCGGCGAGGACAUCUGCGAGCAGCCCUUGCACCUGGAGUGUCGGGCUGAGAUGUGGCCUGACGUCCCCGUGCAGGAGCUGGGCCAGGUGGUCCAGUGCGACGUGAGCGUCGGGCUGGUGUGCCGCAACCGUGACCAGAGCGGCCCCAUCAAGCUGUGCCUCAACUACCACAUCCGCGUGUUCUGCUGCGACUACAGCCACUGCCCUGGCACCCCGGCCACCACCACAGCGACUCCUCCAGCGACCAGUCCGGGACUGACCUCACUAACGGCCACCGGCACCACGGCCCGACCCCCGACCACCCCCAGCCCCACGAGCCCCAACACACACCCCACCACAGCGACCUCUGGGUGCCAGCCUGCCUGCCACUGGACUGAAUGGCUGGACAGUGACUGGCCCAAGCCUGGCCCCUAUGGGGGUGACAGUGAGACCUACCACCACAUCUUGCGCGCCGGAGGCCAGCUCUGCUCUGAGCCGGUGGCCAUCGAGUGCCAGGCCGUCCUCUUUCCAGAAGUGCCCUUCAGGCAGCUGGGCCAGGUGGUGAAGUGUGACGUGGAUUACGGGCUCAUCUGCAGAAAUAAGUGGCAGAGUGGGGGCGAGACUUGCCUCAACUACCACAUCCGCGUGCGCUGCUGUGACGACUACAGCCACUGCGCCAGCUCGGCCGUCCCUGCAACCACCACACUGUCCCCCAGACGCUCCACGACCAGCGCCAAGCACGGGGCAGGCAGUCAUCUGGAGUGUCAAGAGUCUGGAGCACAGCCACGACCCAGGUGUACCUCUCCUCUCCAGGGACCACCGAGAACAACUUUCACCUCCCUCAGGACCACCGAGGUAACUGUCCCCACCAGUGAGACAGGUCCCUCCUCCCGCACGACAACUCAUAGUGUCCCCACGACUCAGACACCUUUCACCUCCCUCAGGACCACCGAGGUAACUGUCCCCACCAGUGAGACAGGUCCCUCCUCCCGCACGACAACUCAUAGUGUCCCCACCACUCAGGCACCAUUCACCUCCCUCAGGACCACUAAGCAGGUCACUGUCCCCACCACCAAGACCGGUCUCUCCUCCUCAACGCCCACUGAGCUGACCAUCUCCACCACCGAGACAGGUCCCUCCUCCUCUGCGCCUACUCCUAGUGUCCUCACCACUCAGACACCUUUCACCUCCCUCUGGACCACUGAGAAGGUCACUGUCCCCACCAGCCCGACAAGUCUCAUGUCUCCCGUGACCACUGAGAUCACUGUGCCCCCCACUGAGACACAUCCCUCCUCUCCUGCGACCAUGCAGAGGCUCUCUAUCCCCACCACUGAGAUAGUACCCUCCUCCCCAAGGACCACCCAGAGGGUGUCUAUCUCUAGUCCCUCUGCCUCCCCUGGGACCCUGCCUACCACCACACGGCCAGCCCCACCCAGCGCCCCCCCAACCGCCCGCAUAAUAACCACUCCCUGGUCCCCUCCCAGUGGACCCACUUCUGCGACCACGCUGCUCUCCAGCCCCUCACAGCCCAGCUCCAUGACGCACACCCCGACCGCAUCCUCCACUGAGGUCUGCAAGCCACAGUGCGCAUGGACACGCUGGUUUGACGAGGACUACCCCACACCCGGCCAUGCAGGGGGGGACUUUGAGACCUACGCCAACAUCCGGGCGGCCGGCGAGGACAUCUGCGAGCAGCCCUUGCACCUGGAGUGUCGGGCUGAGAUGUGGCCUGACGUCCCCGUGCAGGAGCUGGGCCAGGUGGUCCAGUGCGACGUGAGCGUCGGGCUGGUGUGCCGCAACCGUGACCAGAGCGGCCCCAUCAAGCUGUGCCUCAACUACCACAUCCGCGUGUUCUGCUGCGACUACAGCCACUGCCCUGGCACCCCGGCCACCACCACAGCGACUCCUCCAGCGACCAGUCCGGGACUGACCUCACUAACGGCCACCGGCACCACGGCCCGACCCCCGACCACCCCCAGCCCCACGAGCCCCAACACACACCCCACCACAGCGACCUCUGGGUGCCAGCCUGCCUGCCACUGGACUGAAUGGCUGGACAGUGACUGGCCCAAGCCUGGCCCCUAUGGGGGUGACAGUGAGACCUACCACCACAUCUUGCGCGCCGGAGGCCAGCUCUGCUCUGAGCCGGUGGCCAUCGAGUGCCAGGCCGUCCUCUUUCCAGAAGUGCCCUUCAGGCAGCUGGGCCAGGUGGUGAAGUGUGACGUGGAUUACGGGCUCAUCUGCAGAAAUAAGUGGCAGAGUGGGGGCGAGACUUGCCUCAACUACCACAUCCGCGUGCGCUGCUGUGACGACUACAGCCACUGCGCCAGCUCGGCCGUCCCUGCAACCACCACACUGUCCCCCAGACCCUCCACGACCAGCGCCAGCACGGGCAGACAGUCAUCUGGAGUGUCAAGAGUCUGGAGCACAGCCACGACCCAGGUGUACCUCUCCUCUCCAGGGACCAGCGAGAGGGUCUCCAUCCCCCCCACUGAAACUGGUCCCUCCUCUCCCAGGACCAGCGAGAGGCUCUCCAUCCACACCAGCCAGACAGGUCCUUCCUCCCCUUGGACUACUGGGAGAGUCUCCAUCUCCAGUUCCUCUGCCUCCCCCAGGACCCAGACCACAACUGCCACGCCAGGCUUGCCCAGCGCCCCUCCCUCUCCCCCCUUGGUGACCUCCCACAUGUGGACCACCGCGGCAAUCUCCAGCAGCCUGCCACACUUCAGCGUGUCCACCGCAUCCCCCUCCAUCCUCACUACCCCUGGGCCCACCGCCUUUCCCAGCCCGCUCAUCUCCACCACAGCCUGCCUCUGCCGGGCGUUUGGACAGCUCUUCUCACCUGGAGAUGUGAUCUACAAUAAGACAGACAGUGCCGGGUGCCAGUUCUACGCCAUCUGCAACCAGCGCUGUGACAUUGACCGCUUCCAGGGCAGCUGCCCCACCUCCUCACCCCCAGAGACCUCAGUGACCCUGAACUCCCCAGUUCCCGGCUGCGAUCUCAUCGACCCUCCCCGACAGGUGAACGAGUCCUGGACCCUGGCGAACUGCACGGUGGCCAGGUGUGAGGGCGAGAACCACAUUGUCCUGCUGGAGCCGAAGCCUGUGGCCAACAUCACCUGUGUGAAUGGGCACCUGCCCGUCAAACUGUGGAGCGAGAACGAGCGCUGCACCUACCGCCUGGAGUGCGAGUGCUCCUGCAGCGGCUGGGGGCACUCGCACUACAAGACCUUCGACGGCACCUCCUACUCCUUCGGGGACAACUGCACCCACGUGCUCAUGAGGGAGAUCCGCCCGCUGUAUGGGAACCUCAGCAUCUACAUCAACAACUACUACUGUGGGGCCACUGCAGCCACCACCCACUGCCCCCGCGCCCUUAUCAUCCACUACAAGUCCAUGGAGAUCAUCCUCACCACCACCACAGGCACUGACGGGCAGGAGCAGAGCCUGAUCCUGUUUGACCAAAGGCGGGUGAGUGAGGUCUUCAGCAAGAAUGGUGUGAACGUGUCGGUGACAGGGACCACCAUGAUGCACAUCGACAUUUCUGCCAUCCUCGUGAGCAUCUCCUUCGACGGGCACAUCUUCCAGGCCCGGCUCUCCUACAGCCACUUCAGCCACAACACCGAGGGCCUGUGUGGCACCUGCACCAACAGCCAAACUGAUGACUGCCGCCGGCCAGAUGGCACCAUGGCCCCCACCUGCAAGGACAUGGCCAGCUCCUGGCUGGUCCCCGACAGCAGCAAGGAGGGCUGCCAGGCACCACCUCCAACCACCAGCCCCCUGCCUCACACCCCCACCACGCCUACCUCCCCUCCUUGCGCCCCAGCACCCCUCUGCAAGCUGCUGCUGAGCCAGGUCUUCGCCGAGUGCCACAGUCUCAUCCCGCCCGGCCCGUUCUUCAGCACCUGUGUCAGCGACGGCUGCCAGACCAGCCACCCCAACGUGUCCUGCCAGAGCCUGGAGGCCUACGCGGCGCUCUGCCACGCUCGGGGCGUGUGCAGCAACUGGCGCAAUGCCACUGCCGGGCUGUGCGAGCUCACCUGCCCACCCACCAAGGUGUACAAGUCAUGUGGCCCCGUGCAGCCCGAGGCCUGCAACUCCAGGAGCCAGAGCCCAGUGCGCAAGGGGCUGGCAGAGGGCUGCUUCUGUCCUGAUGGCCACAUCCUCUUCAACUCCUACACGGACAUCUGUGUGCCCCAGUGCCCCUGCGUGGGACCAGAUGGGUUUCCCAAAUUUCCCGGAGAGCGGUGGGUCAGCAACUGCCAGGCCUGCGUGUGCGACGAGGACUCUGUGUCGGUGCAGUGUGUCCCUGUGCAGUGCAAGGCCCAGGACCAGCCCCUGGAGUGCGGCCGGGCUGGCUUCCUGACCAUCACCAGGCCCCUGGCGGACAACCCGUGCUGCCAGGAGACGCUGUGCAUCUGCAACGUGACCACCUGCCCCCAGAGCCCACUCACGUGUGGGCCAGGAUUGGAGCUGACCCUCACACAGAGGGAGGGCGACUGCUGCCCCACCUUCCUUUGCAAACCUAAGCUGUGCACCUACAACGGCACCUUCUAUGGGGUCGGUGCAACCUUCCCAGGGGUCACGCCCUGCCACAAAUGCGCCUGCCUAUCCGUGGACACGGGGAACCUGACUGUGCAGUGUGAGGAGAACACCUGCAACACCACCUGCCCCCAGGGCUUCGAGUACUCAGAGGUGGCCGGGCAGUGCUGUGGGGAGUGCGUGCAGACAGCCUGCCUCACACCCAGCGGUGGGCUGGUCCAGCCCAACGAGACCUGGGUCAACAGCCCCGUGGACAACUGCACUGAGUACCACUGCCAGGCUGAGAAUGGGCUCCUCGUGCUGACACCUAGGCCCGUGUCCUGCCCCAUCGUGUCCAGCUGCAGGGGCGUCCUCCAGAAACGCGGCUGCUGCUACUCCUGCGAGGAGGAUUCCUGCCGGGUCCGCGUUCAAAGAAAGGCGCUGCGGCUCGGGGACUGCGUCAGCCCGGCGCUCGUCAACGUCCCCUUCUGCGAGGGUUCCUGCCUGGGCGUGUCCGUGUACUCCCUGGAGGCCCAGGCCAUGCAGCACGAGUGCACCUGCUGCCAGGAGAAGAGGGCCCACCAGGAGGUGGUGACCCUGCAGUGUCCCGAUGGGACAACCAUCCAGUACACCUACAUCCACGUGGACGCGUGCAGCUGCACCCCGGGCUGCGCCCCCUCACCCGAGGCUCCAGAGGACAGCACCCCCAUCCUCCUGCUCUAGGAGGCCACCACUGCCGGUCGUCAUUCUGCCCCCGUCCCACACGCCCUCCGCGUCUGGAGGCAGAACAUGCCCAGCCCAAGCACGGAAACCUGGGGCCGGCGGGGAGGGUCUGCUUGAGGACGGCACCCGGCGGGGCCCUGCCCCUGGAGCCCCUCUGGCCCGUCUUGGUCACCCGCCCGGCCAUCAGGGCCUGCCCCUCAGUGGAAACACAAAUACCCAUUCCACCCAGACUCACCCCUUCCUGGUGUCAGAGAGCAGCCUGGAGCAAAACCACACAUCCACCACUGCGCAGCUCCCCAGUGCGGGCCUGGGUGCCCCCAUCUCUCCUCGAAGCCCCGUGGGGCACAGAGUCCCGCAGCAGACUGAGGACUGAGGCCUGUCCAGGCAAGGCUGGCUGCCUCCAAGAGGUGGUGUCACAUAGGGUGGCUGCCUGCCCAUGACCUGGACCUGAAGCUGUGACAGCUGAGGGGCAGGUGGGGAGGGGUGGGCACCACACAGCACCCCCUCCACCCACCCAGUUUCAAUCUUGCAAAUAAAUGCUGAGCACUGUGCACAA